AUGGUAGAUGAAGAAUUACAUUUUAAAACUAUUUUGAGGAGGAAGAAUGCUGCAAAAACCAGAAUUUAUAGAAAGAGUGUUAUUGAUGACAAGAAAUCUGAGAGGUUGAAAACUGCUCUAAAAGAAAACGGUACAUUUGAUAAAAGACGCGGCAAUGACUCAACAGCUUUGAGGAUACCAAUAUCAGAACUUUCGCCAAACAUACUAAAUGACGGUCGUGGCAGCAUUAACAGGCCAAGACAUGUAUGGAGUAAAACAUGUCAUCUCUUAGCUGAUGGAAUACUAUAUGCUCAACAGCGAAUUGCAAACAAUAGAGGUUUGAGAUUGUCGGAUGAAGAGAUAAUGAAUUUAACAUUAAUUGAGAUUGAACGAAAUCUUCAAAGGAAGAGCCGAAGUCUAAAGGAAUUUGCUGGAAUGCCUUAUCCAAGUGGAUAUGUGGUUGAGCAGUUGGGAAAUAAGCUCAUAUACGAAGAGCGGAGUUACAAUCCAGCCGAACAAUUGCAAGAAUACAAUAAUUUGUUCUUAAAUCUUACAGAUGAGCAAAGAGGUGUAUUCAAGCGAAUAAUGGAAGCAGUAAACAAUCAACAAGGAGGCGUAUUUUUUUUGUAUGGAUACGGUGGCACAGGGAAAACCUACACGUGGAGAACUCUAGCUUCCUACAUAAGAUCAAAGAAACAAAUUUGUUUAACUGUUGCUUCAUCGGGCAUAGCUUCACUACUACUUCCAGGAGGUCGAACGACUCAUUCAAUGUUCAAGAUUCCAAUACCUACAAUGGAGUCUUCUACAUGUAAUAUCGACAAAGAUAGUGAUCGUGCAGAGCUACUAAAAAUGGCAAAGUUGAUAAUUUGGGAUGAAGCUCCAAUGGCACACAGAUUUUGUUUUGAAGCGUUUGAUAAAACCCUUAAAGACAUAAUGGGGCGUUCCAAUUGUUCUGACAAAUUAUUCGGAGGGAAAGUAAUUGUAUUUGGUGGAGAUUUUCGGCAAAUAUUACCAGUUGUACCAAGGGGCAGUCGUUCAGAUAUAAUACAUUCUACAAUAAAUUCAUCAUACAUCUGGGAUCAUUGUGUUGUGCUGAAGCUUACAAAGAACAUGCGACUCCAACAAGCCGGCAAUACUUCAAGUACAUCUGAAUUAGAAUUGUUUUCUAAUUGGAUAUUAAAAGUUGGCGAUGGGAAAUUGGAAGAACCUAACGAUGGUUACACGGAUAUUCCUAUUCCAAAUGAUUUCUUAAUUUCUAACUAUGAUGAUCCACUAGAAGCCAUUGUUAGUGAAACAUAUCCGAAUUUUCUUAACAAUUACAAGAAUCCAGAAUUUUUGCAAUCAAGAGCUAUAUUGACAGGAACAAUUGAAACGGUUGACAUCAUAAAUCAAUACGUUUUGGGAUUCAUACCAGAUAUGCGUGAAGAAAAGGAAUAUUUAAGUUCAGAUUCUGUAGACACUUUUGACGGUGAAGGAAAUGAAGCUUUUGAUGUUUUGACCCCGGAAUUUUUGAAUACACUUACAACUUCCGGUCUACCUAACCACAAGAUUAAAUUGAAGAUUGGGACCCCUAUUAUGUUGCUUCGAAACAUUGAUCAACCUGAAGGUCUCUGGAAUGGAACAAGGCUUAUAGUUACAAGAUUGGCAAACCACGUUAUCGAGGCAAAGAUUAUAUCUGGAAAGAAUAUUGGAGGGGUUAUCUAUAUUCCAAGAAUGGAUAUGACUCCAACACAAUCUCCGUGGCCAUUCAAAAUGACUAGAAGGCAAUUUCCCAUAAACUAUAUGUUAUGCUAUGACAAUUAA